CCUAGAAGAUGUUAAACCUACUUGACUUUGUUUAUUUCACAUUAACCGAUGAGACGUGAUUAGGUUAAUUAGGCUGCCUUAAUCAAAGAUGGUCCCAUCCAAAUAAUCCUGUCUGCCAUUCUACUAUAGCAGCAAAAACAGCUGGUUCAAAACAUCCAACAAUUUUCAUCAACAUACACUUUACAUGGAGAUUUCAUCUUUGGGUUCUAAUUUUGUGAAUUUUAAUCUUUUUACUUCUUUAGAUUCAUUUUUUAACUAGCUAGGAUAUUGCAAAAAGGGUGUUUAAAGGAAAAGCACUGGACAAAAGAUGACUGAAAAACGAAAAUGGAGGUCCAUGUGAAAAGAAAUUAAAAAUAAAAGGUGAAAGAAAAAGGGCCAUUUCUUCCCAUUGUAAUCACGAGCAUGUCAUAAUUAACCAAAAGGAGACUUAAGCAGGUUCUUUGUUUUUAAACCUUCUUAUCUCCUCUGAUCAUCAAAAGACACCAUCUCCCAUUAAUUUGAUUCACAUCAUCUGAAAGGGACAAACAAAGCAAAAGCAACAAUGGAAGAGAUCCUGCAAAUAUUCAAGAAACUCAAGCUUCAAUAUUUGCUCCUUUCCCACAUGCUCCUUUUUACCACCACCACAGCCCUAAAAACAGCUCCCACACUCCACUGUGGUAACCUUCAGCUUCAAACACCUUUCUUGGCUCAAAAUUCCACCACCUUCUCCCCAUUAAAUCUCAUGACCAGAUGCAAAUCUCAGAAGCUAUAUUUUAGGACCUCUCUGGGUCUUUUCCCCAUCUCUUCCGUUGAUUACACAAGUAAAACACUAACAGUGUCUCACACUACUUGUUCUUCUUCAGAGCAUUUUGUAUCCCCAGCACUCCUUUCAGCUGGUUUCCCUUCUCCUCCUCAGCCCAAUUCACUCCUCCUCUUCAACUGCUCACACAAAACCCACCCCACCGCAGCGUCUUUUAUCCACAACUGCACUCGCUUCCACAUGUGUGGAGAGGCUGCUUCUGAAGUUCAACUGCCCUUUUCAUGUCUAGUUGUUAAAGAUAUUGAAAAGCUUGACCCUGGAUUUCAUCCUAAAGAUUUGAGUUGCUCAGGUUACAGGAGGGUUUAUAGAAGGUCUUUAAGUGAGGAAGACUAUGAAGGAGUUGAUUUGGGGACAAGGAUUUCAUUCGACAUUCCUGACCAUGUACCUGAUAUGUGUAAUGAAUGUAAGAAGCCUAAUGGCAAUUGUGGUGUUGGGUUGAAGUGCAUUUGUCAUGCUAAAGAUUGCAAAGACAAGGUCCUUUCAGCUGCCACAUCACUCGACACCGGUAUAAAUUUCCUAUUUCCCUUACUUUCCAUCAUUGUUCAGAUGAAUUUCCGGAUGAUUUGAGCAGUUCCAGAACAUGAAAUGCGGAGAACAAACACGUAUCUUUUUGCUCUUCUUCCUCUUGUUUUAUAUGUAUUCUUAUUUUUCUACAGAACGGGUCUUAUGUUUCUUGUCAUCUCUCAAUGCACAUAUACAUAAAGCUAGUUUGGGCGCCCUUUAUGAAAUGAUCUUGAUGGAAGCAAACCUUAUACCUUUAUAAGUACAUGGUUAUGUAGUGAGAACCACAUGCUUCAUCAAUUGGCCAAAGUAGUUAGCAUUUAAUCUCUCGUGGUUUUAUGUAACAUAAGCUAUGUAGCUCAAAAAAUGCAGGACAAGGUUUUGCAUUCAUUGCUCUACGUCCAAAAAGUUCAGUAAAAAGAUGUGAAGAUGAUAUGAUGUUAAUCAAUCAUGGAGAAACCAUCCAUUGUUGUUUUACUUGGUUGACUUGAAUAGGAUAGCUUUCAUCCAAAAUUUGUCAACAAAUUAAAUCUUCUUUUGAAUGAAGAUGAUUGAUUGUCAUCAUAAUUCAAAAUGCACACUUUACAACUUAGUUCUGGACAUUUCCUCUUAGCUGGAAGUAAAUGUAUCUGUCCUGAAACCAACUUUGUGAUUGCUUUUGUGAGUAGUGAUUUUAAGGUUUGAACUUUAAGGUGAUUAUGAACAAUUAAAUAGCUAGCUUGUACAACAA